CAGAGACUGUCUCUGCCCAGGUGGAACUGAGUGUGACAGUGACCAGUAAGGAAUUCACCGAAGAGCUACAAGACCGGUCUUCUAAAGAAUUCCGGGAGUUCAAUAAGACAUUCUCCGAAGAGAUGGACAAAGUUUAUUCCAAAAUCCCUGAAUAUGUAGGAGUUAACAUCACAGAAUUGAGUUCUGGCAGUGUGGUGGUGCAACAUGAUGUCAUUCUGCAGGCCAAGUUCAACUCAGAAUACAAGGAAGAGUUUAAGAAGGUCACCAAAGAGAUAGAAAAAACAAUUACGAAUGUAACUCAACAGCAAAUAAUGAGUAAUGGUAACUGCUCAGCCACUCUGUGCUUCAAUAAAAAUGCCACAGAGGUGAUAAACACUGUGAUAGACUACGACCCUGAAGUGGACUGCCGGGAAAAGGCUGGGAAAGACUUGGCUAAAUACUUCUUUGUGGAGUACAAGGACCAGCAACCAAAGUGCAUCAACCGCUGCAUGCCUGGUUUCAAUGCCUCCUUGAACUGCAACGCUGGAACGUGCAAGUUGGAGCGCAGUGGCCCGAAAUGCUACUGCUUGAACACAGACACUGCUUGGUACAGCGGAGAAACCUGUGAGGUUAGCACCAAGAAGAACCUGGUGUACGGGCUCCUGGGGUCAGCAGGCGCAGUGGUGCUGAUGAUUCUCGUCAUCCUCCUGGUGUUUAUGUUCCGCUCCAAGAGAGAAGUGAAAAGACAAAAGCACAAAGUGACUCAGUUGUACAACUGGCAUGAGGAUGGUGGAACAGCCCCUGGGACCUUCCAUAACAUUGGCUUUGACAUCUACGAAGAACCACAGAACUCCCUGAACCUGGACUCCAUCUAUAGUAACUUCCAGCCCUCCCUGGAACAUGUAGAUUCUAAAAAGAAGAUACAAAUUAAGAGGCCUGAGGUGACGAUGACAUCAUUGUAAGGCAAAAGAAAUUUCACAUGGAGCUGUGGGAUCUCGAAAUGAGGAGAUCUCCAUUCAGCUAAGUUUCAUGGAACAUUUCUCCAUUGAGAGCAUUCCACAAGAACAUGAUAAGAAAUAAGGAAGGCUCAAUCAGCAUGGUUCAGUGGUUGAGUGUUGACCUAUGAACCAGGAGAUCAUGGUUUGAUUCCCAGUCAGGGCACAUGCCUGGGUUGUGGGCUCCAUCUCCAGUUGGGGACGUGCAGCAGGCAGCUGACCAGUGAUUUCCUCUCAUCAUUGGUGUUUCUAUUUCUCCCUUCCUCUUUGAAAUAAAUAAAAAAUAUAUUUUAAAAAAGAAAAGAAAUUAAGAAGAAGAGAAUAGAGACUACAGUUCUGAGAAUCAAAUAGAAACACCGUGGAACCCCCAAUGGACUUGUUAUGACCUCAAGCGAGUUCCUUCGGCUCUUCCUGGGGAGGUUCUUCCUCCUCUAUGUCCAGCUUCAGCACCAAGGACAGCAUUCUCAUCAACAGGUUUACUGUGAUGAUCCUUCAAACCCUGGUUUGCACCCUCCAUUAUAUAAAAUCAUCUUGUAAACUUUAUUGAAUCAGCUCUUCAUGAAAAACAUGUUUUUUUUAAUGUAUAACAUUUUUAGUAUAUAAGAUUAUGAGUAUUUUUAAAGUUCUUUUUAUCUACAGA